AUGGGUAGAGCACUUUACGGAAGUUCUAAAUCGACCACCGCCACCCAUCUUGCAAGUAUACUAGCAAUGAAAGGAGAUCUUUACAUCAAUGCAGAACCACCAUCUAGAAUAGAAUUUACCAAGGCUAUAAAGACACUGAAAAAUGGAAAGGCAGCCAGUCCAGAUAGUAUCCCUCCUAAGGCACUCAAAUCUAUUCCAACAAAGUCGGCAGAGAGAUGCUACAACCACUACUGCAAAAGAUAUCGGAAGAGGAAAAAGUACCAGAUGCGUGGAACACAGGAUACCUGGUUAAACUAUCCAAGAAAGGGGACCUGUUGCAGUGUGGAAAUUGGCGAGGCAUCAUGCUUUUAUCCAUUGCCAUCCAUUGAAUGGCAGUCUCCUCUUUACUCAGUCUUCGUGGACUUUGAGAAGGCCUUCGACAAUGUGGAUAGGUCAACCAUCUGGAGCCUAUUGCGGCAUUAUGGAAUUCCACCAAAGUUAAUUAGCAUCAUCAGGAGUCUGUAUGAUGAUGCCACAUGUCACAUCAUCCACAAUGGGGAGCCCACAGAUCAUUUUAAUGUGGAAACAGGAGUAAGGCAGGGCUGCAUCCUCUCACUAACCAUAUUCCUGAUAGUCAUUGACUGGAUCAUGCAGGAAACAACAAAGGGCAGUAAGACCGGAAUCCAGUGGGCCUUCACCAAAGAGCUUGAGGACCUGAAUUUUGCAGAUGAUAUUUAG